CGUUAAACUCCAAAGAAGAAGAAGACAACGGAAACCGACUUUUUUGCUGGUAAUCAGCUGAUAUAACAACAUUUCACCAGGCCACCGUCAAAAGGUUGUGUGGAUCGUCAAAAUGGCGUACCCCAGAACCCACAACCCAUUUGCAGAUGAUGAGGAGGAGGAGCAGUGCCGGUCAAGUGGGGGAUUUGAUGACCCCCAAGAGAGGGGAAUGAGUGAGGCAGAGAGCAAGCAGAGAUGCCUCCAACAGGAAGUGAUGCGUACGGCCAAGUCGGCGGUGGACAGCAGCCACCGCUCCCUGGGGCUCAUCUAUGAGUCGGAGAAGAUCGGCGCUGAGACUGCAGAGGAGCUGAUGCGUCAGGGGGAGGCUCUGAAGAGGUCCGAGAGGAUGGUGGACAACAUGGGCCAAGACCUGAAAACCAGCCAGAAACACAUCAACAGCAUUAAGAGUGUGUGGGGAGGCCUUGUCACGUACUUUACGGCCAAGCCUGAGACCACCAAGCCCCUGCCAGAAGAGCCUGUUGCCUACCAAGCCAGCAGCAAAUUGCAGAAUGCCAUGUCUCACAGUCAGGAGCAUGAAGGCAAGUACCAGGCCAGUCACCCCAACCUGAGGAAGUUGGACAUUGGAGGGUUCGGCGCAUUUGCAUCAGAUGACAGCUCAUCCAGUCAAAAUGGCUACCCUGCAAACAGACAGCUUAGAGCCGCCCACCAGACAUUGGACAACAACUUAGAUGAGAUGUCCCUGGGCCUGGGAAGGUUAAAGAACCUAGGACUGGGCCUCCAGUCUGAAAUUGAGAAUCAGGAUACUUCUCUGGACAAUCUGCUGGGCAAAGUGGACAAGCUGGACCUCAAGAUCAACAACACCAACCACCAGAUCAAAAACCUCAAAUAAUAAGUCCCAAACAUUCUGACUCACCUGUCAGACACCGGUCAACUCAACUCCCCUUACCUGGGUUUCGCUACACAGCAGCUCUCUGUGCACCAAGAUGUCUUAUUCCUCUGAUAGAGUACCAAUGUUAUUGAUACUCUAAUGAAUGAUAUUCAGUUCUUCAAACAGCUCCACAUAAAUGCAUAGACCACCCUGUUCUUGACGAUUUAUGAUUUAUCUUGUGAUUUUUAGAAAGGAAGGAUCUCUGAGUAGGACCUGUGUAGUAGGUUUAAAGGGUAGUUGAGAAGUGUUAAUGGUCUGUUAUUGUUGCCCUCAGUUUGCAUUGUGGUAAAUUGCAUUUUAAUUCAGUUUGGUAAGUAAAUUAAUUAAAUUUCAACUCCGUGAGGGAUCCUCUUUGAGAACAAAGGGCCACUUGCAUUCAUGAAUUGAAUUUAAGAGUCUGCUGACUUGACAUGCUAUUGGCCCCAACCUUGAUCGCUGUGUCCAGAAGCCAGAAAAAUAAAUUGAGUGGUGCUUGUUUGAAACUGGAAUGUCAUACUGUGGUAUGUAUGCUGCCUGUUGAUUUAGAUGAUUCAUAUCCAAUUUGUAACUUUUGAGAUGACACACCCACAGAACUCAAAUUAAUGAUUCAUUACAUUUCUUUACUCACCCACACUCUUGUACAAAACACCCCCCCUUGCUGGACCUGUGCUUGGUUCAUGUAGAAAUAGACAAAGAACCACACCUGUUCCCCUAGAAGAAUCAAGUGCCAUCCACUCUUGUCUUACACCAGGUCUUAGGCUCGAAUUCAAUCUGAUGCGCAUUAUAGAGUGCUGUCGACAAUGCAAUUUUCCCCCCCCGUUUUGCGGAAGUUGCAUUCACGGUAAAUGCUUAAAUAUGUCACGUGCUCCAACGCGUCUCGGAUUAAAUAUCGGCCUUUUAUUUGGGGAUCUGAAAGAAUGUAGCCAAGUGGUUUUAAGAGCGUUGGGCCAGUAACUCGAAAGGUCGCAUCUCAGAGAAACAUCUGUCGACGUACCCUUCAGCAAGGCACUUAACCCUAAUUGCUCCGGAUAAGAGCGUCUGCUAAAUGACUAAAAUGUAAAUGGGCAACCAUGUUGCUUUAACCUAUCCUGUGACUUAACAUGUUUGUAAAUGAAGAAAGGAAGCCACUCUACGCUAUUGAAAUGCACCCCCAGUGUCUCACAACACAAGUGGCUUCUUGUAUGGGUAGCCUCUUAUGUUUCUCAUUGUUUUUGCAAGAUACCGCUCCAAACUUUGACAUCCCUUCAGAAAAGUAGCAAUGUGUGGAAAUUGCAUUGUUAAUUCUUCCUUAAUUUGCUUUUGUUGUGAUAAAUCACCUCGUGUAUAAUCUAUUUUGAUGUGAUUGAGGAGAAUAUUUAACAGAAUGUGACGGCUCUUUGUCUGAAAUGUCUUCUGCAAACGGAAGGAACAUUUAUGCAUUCCUGUGUGUGCACAGAAGUAUAUGAAACAUCUGUAUUACCUUUUUACAAACGUCAAUGUACACAUGCUGAGAAUAUGGUUUAAAUACAGACUUUAAAUUGA